AUGGCUUUUGCAACACAUGACUUGAUAAUAAAGUACCCAAUUCACAAUAUAUGGCAGUGUAACCGGGAUUCUUAUGCUCGUCGUUUAAACUCACUUAAUCGGGUUUCACUUAGCAAAACAAAUCAGUCAAAGUGUUCUACAUGGAAAAGAUGUGAAUAUAUUGACCUUCAUAAUGUGCUUGUACCUUAUGGUGAGGCGUGGCAGAAGGCCAUUGUUAAAGAGAAGAAAUCUUUGAUUGAGAGGAAUAAAGAGUGCGCUGAUACUUUGAUUAUGCUGCAACACCCUCCUGUGUAUACUUUGGGCACCGGUAGCUCCGAGGAGUUCUUGAAUUUUAAUGUGAAAGAUCCUCCUUAUGAUGUUAUUAGAACUGAACGCGGUGGUGAAGUUACCUAUCAUGGACCUGGACAGUUGGUUAUGUACCCUAUCAUCAACCUUCGAAAUCACGACAUGGAUCUUCAUUGGUACCUGAGGGCUCUUGAGGAGGUGGUGACUCGUGUUCUUUUCUCAGCUUUUUCUAUUGAGGCUUCUCGAAUCCAGGGCUUUACUGGUGUUUGGGUUGGAAACCAGAAGCUGUCAGCGAUUGGGAUACGGGUAUCUCAAUGGAUAGCAUACCAUGGACUGGCUCUGAAUGUUUCUGUGGACCUGACACCCUUCCAACAGAUUGUACCUUGUGGGAUACGGCAUCGAAUAGUUGGAAGCAUCAAGCAACUACUUAGAGAAUUCCAAGCAUCCCACCAUGAUUCAAGCAUGGAUCAACUCAGUGCUGAUGAUCUUUUACUAAUUGACAUGGCCCAGAAAUCACUGGUUCAGGAAUUUUCUGAAGUCUUCCAACUUAAACUCGAGCAAGUUAACCCAGUCGGCAGCAACAUACAAAAAUUUGUGAAUUUGACAUGGAAAGGGAAUUAUUACCAAAAACAGAUUCCUACUCUAGUUUCUUCUAAAAAGUUUUUGCUUAUAUUAAACAAUAUUAAUAAUAUCUUGAGGCAUGUUAUACACGAUAAUCUGGGUAGAAUUUCAUAUAUCCAGUUGCAAAACUUGCUAUUGGAUGUUCUAAUUAUAAGCUCUGGCAUUAGUGGUUAG